CUUCCCUCGCAUUGGAGCAGAGCAGUAGCUUUUUCGUCAGUAACCACCAGGCUGCUGGCUGUAAACAGGACCUAUAUUUAAUUUGAGUUUCAAGUAGCUCAGCUCUGAACCUCCUUAGUUUGUUUCAAUUUGUAUAUCCUUGUAGCAACAUUUUCAUCCCCUUAAGCUAUGAAGCGAGUUAUUUUGUUCAAAAAUGGCACGGAUACGGAUGGAAAGGUAUUCCUUGUUACACACUCUUUGGAAGAACUGCUCACAGCUGCAAGUCAAAAGUUUAAUAUGAACGCCAAGCGUUUGUUUACCCCUCAAGGUGGGGAGUUGGAUGACCUAAAGCUUAUAAGAGAUGAUGAUGUAUUAUAUGUGUCUGCUGGAGAGAGGUUUAUUCCUGUUGAACCAUCUGCAAGUGCCAGAAAGGCAGGGGCUGUGGUUCCAGUUGGGUCCUCUAGCACAGCUUCAUCCUCAAAGGAUUGGGUUACUCUUAAUGUGGGUGGCAAAUAUUUCACCACAUCAAGGAGCACUCUCAUAGCAAAGGAGCCUCUUAGUAUGCUUGCAAGGAUGUUCGCUGAAGGUGAAAAUGGAUAUCUGAUGACCCCAAGUAAUGUUGACCAUAAAGGAGCCUAUUUGAUUGACCGAAGCCCCACCUACUUUGAGCCCAUCCUUAAUUAUCUAAGAAAUGGGCGGCUAAUUUUUGAUACCUAUGUUAACCCUGAAGGAGUACUGGAAGAAGCACGUUUUUUUGGCUUGGAGUCAUUAGUACCCCAACUUGAAGCUAUGAUUGCAACCAACCAACGGUCAAGAGACACGUUGCCUUUAAGUCGCAGGGAUGUUAUCAAUGCUCUUGUUUGCACUCCUGUGACAGCAGAAUUACGAUUCCAAGGAGUAAAUUUGGCUGGAUCUGAUCUUUCACGGCUGGACCUUAGAUACAUAAAUUUUAAGUUUGCAUGUUUACAUGGAUGCCGCUUGGUGGGCACAAACUUAAGCUGGUGCUGUUUAGAACGAGCCGAUCUUUCACAUUGUCAACUAGAGGGUGCCCAUCUUGUGGGUGUUAAAAUGUUAUGUGCUAAUUUGGAAGGUGCAAAUCUACGUGGGUGCAAUUUUGAGGAUCCCUCUGGGGGCCGUGCAAACAUGGAAGGUGUGAACCUUAAAGGUGCCAACCUAGAAGGCAGUAAUAUGGCUGGUGUAAACCUCAGGGUUGCCACUUUAAAGAAUGCCAAUUUGCAAAACUGUGAUUUAAGAGCUGCAGUUCUUGCUGGGGCUGAUCUUGAGAAUUGUGAUUUAUCUGGAAGUGAUUUAAAUGAAGCAAAUCUUAGAGGAGCAAAUUUGAAAGGAGCCGCCUUUGAACUUAUGCUCACUCCACUGCAUAUGUCACAGGCAAUACGUUAAAGUUUUUGCUAACUCUAUCUUAAUGAUGGAGCUUAAGAUGGACUGAUCAAAGCACAUGGCUCACUUCCUUUUCUCAUUCUUUCUGUCAUGAACUGGUUCAUCCAAGCUUUCAGCACACACAAAUUGUUAUGAACUAAUUAUUUACAUUUACUGUCUGUGCAAAGGAAGCUCAGAGGUAAUUUUUGUAAAAAUGAUCAUAACAGUUUUCAUUUUUUAUGCUUUUUGCUGUAAGACAAUGUUAGUAUUGGAGUGUAUAGUCUUGCUUGUUUUGAGCUGCUAAUGUCAUCCAUAGUGUGGCUCAGCAAAAUGUGUUUGAUGUAGUGAAAUGUUCAUAUCAACGGAUGAUGGCACAUGUAAUGUGUACUGAAGGGGAGGUAUAUUGGAGAUAAACUUCAUCAGUAUGUUCAUAUGCACCACCAUGGCCAAAUAUAUAUUUUCAGGAAAGCUAGAAUUUGCUUGUUUUUAACUGCUUUCUCAUGUUUACUUUAUCAACUUUUCUUUUAGUCUAAUUUUUGAAUGUUACUAGAAGGACAGUUCUGUGUUACAUAAUCCAGGCUUACAUCAGUGUGCUGCUGUAGUGUUACUUUAUCUUUCAGACAUGCAAUUAGUAUGACUUCUACUAUGCGUAGACAUUUAUGAUUUCUCUUUAGGUUACCCACAUAGUACCUUUUAUACAUACAUUUUCUUAGCUUUUGUUCUUAUCAUUUGAACUGUUGAUAGAUUUUUUUGUGAAAGUAUUGUGCCAAGCUUGCGUGACUGUAUUGUUUAUAUCAUCUUUUAAGUAUUACAUUACCACUUUAGGUGGGCUAAACUACUACUUUAUGGUCUAUUUUGAAGCAGCUUUUAUUGCGUGAUUUGUGUGAAUUGACUUCCUCUAAUGACACCAGAGGGUGCUAGAUUGAGAAUAUUGUCUUAUUUUUUAAGGGAUCUGUGAUUUUUUGGGAUGGGUGUUCUAUGAUGUGCAAAUACAUUCAUAACCAAUGUAGAACCAUGAGACUGUUAGCAGUACUGGCAUAGAAAAAGAAAAAUUAGAGAAUAUAAUACCAUGAUCUGGCAGUUCGUUCAGUGUAGCUGGAACCAUGUCCUGUUAGAGAAUGUACUACCAUCAUCUAGCAGGAGGUUUUAGGGAAGUACGAACCACUUCUUGUUAGAAGUCUACUCAAAGUGGAUUUUUUGCUUCAUUCUCUAUCAUUUAUCUACUUUUUUGUGCUGUCCAGCAUAGGAUUUUCAGCUGAAGAUUUAUGAGCAAUAUUUCUAUAUCAACUAACUACUGCUGUGAUGUUCUGCUUGAGGCUAACUGCUUUACUCCUUGUAUUUCUUGUAAAUUAGAGAACCUUGUUGUAGACGUUCUUGUGCUUUGAAAAGAACUGCAGUUUUAUUGCUGUGCGGCUUGUAAGCACAACUCGAGUUGCCUCAAAACACACAAUUAACAUAAUUAAGUUCUUAUGAAAUUUUAGCAUAAUACAUCUAGUUGUACCUCUGACUCUGAAGACAUUUCAGGCCUUUAUUAGCGUGUACUUUAUGUGAGCUCCUUAAGAACUAGUGUAUGUUUUUAUUUCCCAUUCAUUACUGCUUUGAGUCUUCCAACUACUUUGCUUUGAACAUUCCCAUGUGGUCUCUAGCAUUCCUUCCAUGUUCUGAGGAUACCUGUGGCUAACGUCUUCUAGCUCAUCGAGCGCUCUAUUAAAGAAAUGUACAGGAAUUUUGUUAUUCUUUUGUACACCAGCAAGUGUGGUAAAUUACAGGAGGAGCAGACAGAAUUUUUGUGCAUUAGCAGAGAGGUCGCAGGUAUGGCCAGCCUUAACAGAGACUUAAAUUUUGAUAGGUAAUAUUAUUCAACUUAGUCUGAUUAUCAUGUUACAUGAAUAUGCAUUCAUUCUAUAUAUAUAUAUAUAUAUUAGAUGUUAUAAUAGUUGUAUGUUUAUUUUUCCUGUUUUUUUAUUACUAUUCUACAGGGUUUAUUGUUGCGAUUUUUUGUUUUUUUCUAAGAUGAUCAAGUUUAAAACUCAAUCUCAAAUUCUGAAUUUAUUAAAAAUGUGUUAAUACUGCC